CAGUCAACCUCAAUUUUUUUCGACGUUUUCAUAGCUGUUCACGCUUAUAUGAUCUAACUUCUAAGCUCUUCUAAGGCAAAGGCAUAUCGUCAAAGCGGACAAAAAUUAAAUGUGCGCGCGGAUAUUUAAGCGCGACGCGCGGUUACUAGAGCGGUGUACCUUGUAAUUUGUGGAAAAGGAAAUAAUUUAUAUUACACAAUUUUUUCAUUUUUGGGAUUAUGUUUCGGAUUUUAUUCCAAAUAUAUUUUUCUCUGUUUUAAUCGCAUUUCGAAAAGUGCAAGUGCAGCUAUUCUUAUUUGUUACUUUUCGUACGUCGCGGGCAAAACACAAAAACCGCGCGAAUGCUCAAAACUAGAUCAUAUAGAGGAUAAAAGACGAUACGUUGGUCAAAACUUUUUCCAUCAAUUUAUUUAAAAUUGUUACUUAUAAGUUAAAUUAUUAACAAUGAAAAAAGAAUGUAAAUACGGCACGUAAAUGGAAUUAUGAUAAGAAAAACCUCUAAAAUUAAACAACACGUGAUCAGACGAUGAGAAUUGCGUUAUCACUUAUUUAUUAUCAUAUUAAAUUGGGUAUGCUAAUACGAGUACGUUUGCUAACAAACAUUUGUAACCCAAUUAAAACACUUCUACUGAAUUAAAACAUAAGUAAUUUGACCAUUAUGUAUAGAAGAAGUGUUCCCGAACUAUUUAGAUUUUGUUGUGUACGCUCUAUCGUUAAUAAUGCUCCUGAUAUCAGAAUAUAUGAAGUUGGACCAAGAGAUGGAUUACAAAAUGAAUCAAAAUUUGUACCAACAGAAAUAAAAGUCGAGUUAAUACACAAAUUGACAAGUGCUGGAAUAAAAGAUGUUGAAGCAGCGAGCUUUGUUAGCCCUAAGUGGGUCAAACAAAUGAGUGAUGGUGUGGAUGUGAUGAAAAAUAUAAAACGUGAAAAAGGUGUGAACUAUCCUGUUCUGAUACCCAAUUUAAAAGGAUAUCAAAUUGCUAAACAAUGCAACAUUGAAGAGGUAGCUAUAUUUCCGGCUGGCUCGGAAGGAUUCUCACAGAAGAACCUUAACUGUUCUGUUAAGGAGGCCAUAAAAAGAUUCAAAGAAGUUGCAGAUCAAGCUAUCAGAGAUGGAUUAAGAGUGAGAGGAUACAUAUCAUGUGUUCUAGGCUGCCCAUAUGAUGGACCAGUUAGUCCAAAAACUAUAGCAAAUAUAACAGAAGAGGUUCUCGAUAUGGGAUGUUAUGAGGUAUCUCUGGGAGACACAAUUGGUGUGGGAACGGCUGGAUCAGUGCGACGAUUAAUGAAGGAAGUGUUGAAUGUUACAACACCUGAUAAAAUUGCUCUGCAUUUCCACGACACUUAUGGACAGGGAUUAUCCAAUUUGGUGGCUGGACUUGAGUUCGGAGUGAGGACUGUGGAUUCCUCCAUCUCGGGGCUCGGAGGGUGCCCGUACGCCCGCGGCGCCACAGGCAAUCUCGCCACCGAAGACCUUGUUUAUUUCUUAUACGGCUUAGGGGUCAACACAAACAUUGACCUAGUAAAACUAAUUGAAGCCGGCCGAUAUAUUUCCAACUUUCUGGCCAAGCCGACAGAGUCUAGAGUCAAUCGAGCGUUGGGCGAUCGGUUUAAAAAUCAUCAAGACAUCGUUAAAAUUGCUUCAUGUGCGGUGUAACGCACGGUUAUUAAAACCUCGUAAAAGCCAUUGUUAUGUAAAUCUGUCGAUAGUUAUUUGUAAGAAUGUUCAAUAAAACUAUUUUAUGCAUAUCA